CUCGAUUUUUCUUUUCCAGUCUCCUGCUCCAGCGUUAUUUUCGGCAAAAUUCAUCUUCCGUCAUCUCUCUCUCUCUCUGACAUUUUUAGCUCGAUCCUCUCCCUCUCCCUCUCUCUCUCUCUCUCUCUCUCUCGGGAGCAUCUGUUCUUGCAUGGCAGUUAGAUUUCUGAACCAGGAGCUGUCAGAUCUGUGCUUGGGGAAACCGGUGCUGCGGCCCGUGAAGGAGGCGUCCAGCAUAGCGGAGGCUGUGGCGGCGUUGAAAAGGUCCGGCGAGGCCCACGUGAGCGUAUGGAGGUGCUCCGAUCACUCUAGGGAGGUUCCGGAGGGAGAAGAUUGCCGCUGUGUCGGGAAGAUCUGUAUGGUUGAUGUGAUUUGUUAUCUGUGCAAGGAGGAGAAUUUGGGGAAGGUUUCCGAGGCUUUGGAAGCUCCGGUUUCUGAGAUUUUGCCCAAAGGCGUCCCUAUUGUCCGGCAUAUGGAGCCCGAUUCCAGCUUGCUGGAGGCCAUAGAUUGCAUUCUUGAAGGCACUCAAAACCUAAUCAUACCAAUACAGCAGAGCUACUCGAGCAGCCAUUCGAGGAGAAAGCAGCAUUUGAGUUCCUCCUCGAACCACCACGGCGUCGAGUACUGCUGGCUGACGCAGGAAGACGUGGUCCGUUUCCUUCUCAACUCCAUUGGUGUCUUUUCGCCAUUGCCAACCUUCACGAUCGAGUCCCUCGGCAUCAUCUCUCGCGACGACACCAUGACCAUCCCAUACCACGAACCUGCAGCCAACGCCUUGAGCUCCGUUACCCGGGCCCACAUCCAGCAAACCUCGAUCGCCGUCGUAGACGACGACACCAGGUUGAUCGGCGAGAUCUCUCCGUCCACCCUCUCCUACUGCGACGAGACGGUUGCUGCCGCCGUGAUGACUCUCUCGGCCGGCGAUCUCAUGGCGUACAUCGACUGUGGUGGACCCACCGAGGACUUGGUCGAGCUGGUGAAGCAGAGGGCGGGGGAGAGGAAUCUCGGCGCGCUGCUUGGGGGGGUGAUGGAGGAGGAAUACUCGGUUUCUUCCAUAUCGUCAUCUUCUGCUUCUAGCUGUUCUUCGGACGACGAGUCGUUGCUGAGCAAGAGCAGCGGGUCCGGGAACUACUACUGUUUGAGGAGAUCGGAGGCGAUCACUUGUUACCCGUGGAGCUCGCUGGUGGCGGUCAUGAUCCAAGCGCUGGCACACCGGGCGAGCUCCAUUUGGGUGAUUCAGGAGGACCAGAGUCUGGUUGGGAUUGUUACUUACAAGGAGAUGCUGAGGGUUUUCCGGAGCAUUGCCAACCCUCUGCCUAAACCCAAGCCAGGUAGAAACCAUAGCAACCAUUUGUGAAGUUUCUUCUCGAACCUAAAAAUAUUGUACAACUAUUUGUAUCUUUUUUGUUCACCGAAUAUUCUUUAAUACAGUAAUAAUAAUUUGUGUUUGAG